GUGGUCCGCCCUCAUCUCCUGUAAACAUCGCGUUCACCUCCGGCUACAAAGAGGGAGGCGUCAGUGGGCUCCGCGCGGGCGAAGCAGGCGGCUGCCUUCUCGGUUUUUUUGUCGAAUAAAAAGUAUAUUCGUCGAAGGAAUAUGGCUCAAUAAAGUGCAACAUAACAUUGAAAAUAUGGUUAUGACUGAAUGUAUCGAAGAAAGCUUCGCUGUGCGCGGUUUGUUGACCAGAAAGUAACGACUGUCCUAAUCUGGACCAGCAACUAACCGAAGAAGAUUAAACGAAGCGUAGAAGAAGCGAGGAUUCAAAAGCAGUCCUUGCCUUUUUGAUACCAGGCAGUAGUUAAAAGUGUUUUCCGUCGGUAGGUAAAGGUUUACGGCAAAGAAAUGGAUCGAGGUGGCUGUCAAAUGAAUGGCGGCGGAGGAGGAGGCAGUGACCGGAGCGGGCCCGACCCACACGGGAUGAUCACGCUGGAGGACCUGGAGUCUUUCUCGGAGGACCAGCUGUCAGACUCGGGCAAUGGCAGCCUCGAAGAAGAAGGAGAAACCAUGGAGGACGAUGAAGACCAGGGCCGACUGCUGCAUUACUGGCAGGACGUGGCGAGGGGACACCAAGUGGAAGUUGCUCAAGAUAUGGCAGAGCCCAUUCAACAGCUGACCAGCAACAACCAAGGACGCAGCCAGAGACAACACAUCCCAUUCAAUCUCCUCGGACGCAAAGAGAAGUGCGGGGAGCUGCUGUAUGAGAAACGUCAAUAUGACAAGGGCCACUGGGCUUGUAUAACAAUGCGUGAGGACACUUAUGAACAGAGCAUCUGCUAUGGCUUUAUGAAGAUAAUGAAAUACAUCUGCCAGCAGAACUCCCUGGGCGACUACCUGGGCAUGACGCUCCCCAUCGUCACAGUUGUGCGCACAGAUGAGACCCAUUCUGUGGUGUCCAAUGAUGUCACUGUGGCCUAUUUCCUUCCUGAGUAUCUUCAGGCCCAGCCCCCACAGCCUACUGAGAACGAGAUUGUCAUAGAGAUGUGGCCCGCCACUACUGUCUACACGAGACCCUUUACUGGUCCCACCAAUGAAGUGACCAUCAUCGAACAGGUCAACACCAUGGCUGAGAUCCUGGACUCUCCGGGUGUGUGCAUCAACAACUCGUUCAUCGUGGCCGGCUACACCAACCCUGCUCACAGCAACCGCCAGAACGAGAUCUGGUUCCUCGAACGACCCUGAUGGACGUGAGGAUUAAGCAGCAUCCUUCCUAUCUUGUGACCCUCGAGCCUCAUUAAAAGACUCCCUUAACACUGCCGCAGCUCAGCUACAGCCUCAGGUGCAACAUCCUCUUUAGCCACCACCUCUACCUGAAAUGACCACCAGCCCAGCACACUCCAGAUCAGUCGGGGUUGGAAGAAAAAAUAAAUCAGCUCUUAGCUUUACUCUCAUCAAAUUUUCAUUCAUGCUCCUUAUGAUUGAUUCUCAUGUCACCUCUAAAGAACUGAACUGCCAAACUCUCACAGACACAACCAGAUGCUAAAGAGAAGCAUAGCACUAAAGAGUCUCUCCCUCCCCGCAUUGCCCUUGUGUCAGAAGUUGAAAUUGUUUUAAAUCUCAGCGCUCUGUGAACAUAGUGACCUUUGAUUGGUGUCAGAAAUGUGCAACAGCCUGUCUUAUCACAAUGGAAGCAGGUUCUCUGUGAACAUGCAGCCUUAUCUAUAUGCUCCCUUUCUGUCUGUUGCUCAGCUAUAAUGUUCUGUCAUGUGGGGUGAAGGUCAAUGCACAACAGUAAAAAAAAAAAAAAAAAAAAAAAAAAAAUCUCUGUUAGCUUUCUGAGGUGAUUUCAUGUCAGUGUUGAUCCACUGUUUCUUUAUCUCUGGACUGCAUCAUUCACUAGUCGUUGAAAGUAGUUCUGAUCUAUGUGGCGCUGCAUCGUUAUUUUUGUUUCAACAAUAAGUGCAAUAUUCGCCAGUUAACCCACAAUCAACAAAGCCAGUUAUUACAGUUACUGGGCCUUUUAUCUGACCUUCUCCAAGGUGGUUCAGUUGCUGAUAUGGUGGGUUUGGGGAGGGGAUCUGCAGCGUUCAACACAACCCAAUCAAGACUACAUCAUGAGGCUUGAACCACCAAUAAGCUCAACACAACAGGUGGCACUAUGGCUUUGUUCAGACUGCAGGCAAAUCAGGUUUGUUGCUGAAAUUAGAUUAGUAAGUUCACACGAUAAUUAGUUUACACUUGUUUAGAUCCGGUUUGUGGUAACAAGAUUAGCGUCAGUAUCGACAUACGAAAUAAAAUGGAGAUUCUUUUUCGCACUCUCCAACUAACUGCACAGUCCAACUCCAACACAGUCACUUCAUUUCAGUCCACUGACUGCUAAUUGCACGAGGAUUCUGCUCAGGAUUUUACAUUUUACAGAUUUUAGCACCCACAUCACUUAGCCUGUGAUAAAUCUGACAGUCUGAAUAAGGCCUGAUUUGAGAAAACAAACACCUCUGAACACGACACGUUCACAGGUGUUUGUGCAUGAAUGUACAGCAACAGGGAGAAGGUAAAAACAGAUACCACACUUCUAUAAACCUACCACUGAAAAACUCACUCAUUCUACUGCUGAAAGACAAUCAUGAAGAACAAGAAUAUUUACAUCUUUUUGUCUUAAGAAAAAGAUUCAAGUCAAUGCAUUCCUCAUCUUUCCAAUCCAUUCACAUACACACACAGGAACAGUUACCUUUGUACCUCUUUUUCAUGCUCUUUCUACUUGCCACUCUGUCAAUGUUAGUUAGUAUGCAUCCAAUCAUUUAAAUGCCAUCAUCGCUGAGUAGAGGCAUUUCAUGCAAGAAAAGACAGCACAGAGAAUAUCUCUACUGUGAACAUACUUGUUUAUUUUUUUUAAAUAGAAGAAACCGAAAAUUCUGUUCUAGUUAAAACUGUUUUUAAUGUUUUAUCACCAAUCUAAUGAGAGUCUAAUAAUUCAGAGUGAAAGAAGUAUGUAUGUUUAUCUUUACUAUAUUUUAAAAUAAAAUCUCAGUCACCCCGGAUUUGGUUAUGGUGAUUUUUUUUCAUUUUUUCUUGUAGUACAUGUGACUGCCUUUUGCUGUGUGACAGGUUAUACCUUUUAAGCAAAGAUGUGACAUCAUGUUUCCACUACUAGACCUACUUAUUGGUCCAGGCAACCUUGAUAGGAUGUGGUGGACCGUGUCUCUUAUCUCACAUUGGCAGAAAUGCAAAGGGGGUAAUGAUGUAAAUCCCAAAACAGUUGAAGUCUGACUUAACUAGAUUAGAAAAGAAAAGUCAAUGUUUGGUGACUACUAAAUACAGAAACACCUUCCUGCCACAUAGCACUCUGCCCAGGAUUGACAGCUUUUUGUCUCCGACUCUGGCAUCUAAGUGUCGAUCUCUUACUGGAGGCAGAAGCCCUGAAUUUUCUCCUAUGUUGCAUAGUAUGCUACACUACCAGAGCCCCCAAAUGGAGGCUCUUCUUUGACCCAGACUUUGAUUUUUUAAUAAGUUCUUGAGGGCUCUCUUUUUAGGUUACUGGACAGGACAGCUGCAGAGAGACAAGAAAGGUGGGGAGUAGAGAGAGGGGGAUGACCAAGCGGCAACUUCCGGUCUUAAAAUAUGAAGCCCAUGCGGAAGUGCUAAAAACUACAGUUCAUGGAGCGUCCACUUAAGGCUGGCUGCAGAAACACCGGAAACCACAUACACACCCAUUCAAAAAUCUUUGCAGCAAUAAUAAACAUGUUUACAGCCUGGUUCAAAAAACGGUUUAGGUCCAAAGAGCUCAUUUCUCUAUACAGGGGUUGAAUUUUUUUAUAACUGUAUUUUCCAAGAUAUCAAACUUGCAAGUUUUGCACAAAUAAGGACUAACUGACUUGGUUGACAGGCAGGCACCAUGUAGCUGUUAGCGACAAGGCUAAAGGCCCACCUCUUUACCUCACACUAACUCAGACUAAGGCUGUUUUCGAAACGGCCUGCUACUUACUACCUACUAAUGUAGUAGUCAGUAGGUACUGCCUACAACAUACUGUGUUUGAGUUUAGUGUGUAGUAUGACUGUUCUGUUGGUUCUGUGUUGCAGUACGCUGGGCCAGACGUCACUGAAUUUCUGGUUUUGGAAAGCUGAAGUAAACAACGACCGAGCUGAUAGCGAAACUGCUUCUUUAGCAUCCACUUAUGAUUUAAAAAGUUAGGAAGUGGUUCAUAUGGAAUUUAAUAAUUUUCACAGCACCUAAAAACUGAGUCCCCCCCCCGUUAAAAAAGAAGAAAAAAGAAAAAGCAUAACGUUAGCACUGUGCAUUGUGGGAAACACAAGAACUGUAGCCUCAGUGCAUGGGGCUCAAGCUUCUAUCCCUUCAGACAAAGUAUUUUCUUAUCAGUACCUUUAGCAGGUCUAGCAACAAAGGCCUCUAAGGUUCGUUUUAGAUAUGAUUACAAAUCUGUAUGUUUUAUUAAAAGAAAAAGCACACAUCUACAAUCAACCUGACUUAGAUAGGGGGUUGCUAGACUUAAAUCAAGGUGUUUUUCCUCAUCAAAGUAGUUCCAAAUAUGGGCGCACUGAUACUUUCAAAGCUACAUUAAAGUACAUUCGAAGGGGGUGAUAAAGCAGAGAGAAUGCUAGGAAGGUAUACUGAACAGACAGAGGCACUGAGCUCUAUAGGAGCCGUUCAAACAGAAGGUGAUGCUCUGCUGAAGGCUGUGUGACUCAAACAAGGUUAAAAAAAAAAUCAUUCAGAGAUUUUCACUGUUGCAGCACCACAAGUGAACUAGCAGGAGAAGAAACAUUUUGAACUCCUCUCAGUCUUGCUUCUUUCUCAGAGGACCACUUGAAUUUGCUGAGACUACAGAUUUGUACAUUUCAUUAAAAGUCUCCUAACAUGACAGCGCAAGGCCGAUGUGGUUUCAGAUUCCAUGAGGCUUUUCUCCCAUUUCAUUUCAUACUGUAAAAUUGGGCACUAAAUUAGGGUGCUCUAUCAGUAGAACUGCCAGGGACACUCAUUUUAAAGAAAGAUAAGGAUAAAUCAGCCUGCAAAAGCUACAGACCAAGUAGGCUGAUUGAAAGUAAUAUCCCAGCUCAGAUCCAUCUUGACCAAAUUUGCUGUACUUGUUUGUAUUAUUUCUAACGACUUCACUUUUUUAUGAAUUUAAGCUCCACUAAUACAAUUCGAUGUCUGAAUAACAUCACGCUGGCCCUCUCUCAAGGUGCAAACAAUGCGUUUAAUAGAGCAGAGAGGCAAUGCUUGUUUGUAACCCUGGAGUAUUCAGUCAAAGGAGGAUUUUUUUUAAACUUUGCCCAAUCUCUUGAUUACUGACUAUGAGCAUUAGUUGCAAAAUUAGAGCUUUAAUAAAGAAUGUAUGGCUUCAUAGGGCAACUUUACUUCACUGGUAUCCAAACAGAAACUAUCUCAUCUAUCUCAUGCUUUAUGCAGACCAAAUUGCAGUUUCUAUAGUAAACCAAGAAAACCAGCACAGCACACGACUAUACACCUUUUUAUUCUGUAUAUUAUAUUGCUGCAUGUUAUUUGGUAUUGGUCUAUUUGUCUUUCCUUUUUAGGUACAUCCAUUUUUCUUUAUUUCAUUUGUCUAUAUGUACAUGCCACAGUCCUUUUUUUCUUUUCAUGUACAAGGACUGACAUUUCUGUCUAUUUGGCCAAAUGUGCGUAACUGAAAAUGAGCGGACCAAAUCCUCAAGCUUUAGGUUAUCUACUGUAAUUAGUUAUCAUGGCUUUUUGUAUAUUUGCACAAUUAUUGCUCAAAGUCUUUAGAAAUUCUGUUUUAUUAUAGUUACAAUUAAUGUUUUCAUUUGGCAUAAUGAAAGUAAAAGUUGUGAAACUUUUAAAAGACAUCCAAAUCCAAAGAAUUGGUUUAUCUUAAAAUAAAAGGGAGUUGAUAUGAUGGCCUAUGACAACCAUAGUGAGUCAUCAGUGUAAGAAGAGAGCCAUGUUACAUGGUUAGAUAUUUCUUUAAAAGCAUGAUUUAAGAGGAACAUCAAUUGUUAGCAUGUUUUUUUUUCUUUUUUUCUUUUAACCGUUUUAUAAAAGUGGGCAGCUUUGUAAGAACGCAAGUACACUGACAGCAGCCUUGACCUCCUUUGUUCAAUAAAAACAUGUUUUUCUCCUUCA